AUGCGCGCACUGCCCCCAUGCGCGUACUGCCCCCAUGCGCGCACUGCCCCAUGCGCGCACUGCCGCAUGCGCGCACUGCCCCAUGCGCGCAUACCUCUCCGCGGCCAUUGCCCUCAUCGCCACGUGCCAAAGCACACGAAGUUGCAUCUGAGCCGCUUCAAGAACAGCCCGCAAAUUCACAUGCUCUCCUCAUUGCUCCCUCCACCCCAUUACCUCCCGCCCCGUUUCCCCCCUCCCCUGGCUCCUCCCCCUCCGCAGACGGCGUGUGAUGCGGACCAGGCAACAAGCAAGGUGAACCCUCGCUUUCCCCUUUCAACUCCUUGCCCUUCUGCUCCUCUUCACCGGCAGUACGAGCGUCGGCAGCAGCGCGCGGCAUCAAACAGGGAGCUGAGGCGGUGGCGGGGCGUGCAAGGAGGUGCGGUGAACGUGGACGACGCGCACUGCGUGGUGGAGGCGCGGCAGUGUGGCAUGGACGUGCGUGGGCCGUGGAGCAGGGGCACCAUCAUGCAUGAUCAUCACGCCAUGCCUCAUGCAUGGGACAGCCAUGGCGGAUCCCGGGGCAACCAGCAGCAGCAGCGAGAGGAGGAGCAGCGGGGGAGAGAUGAGGAUGAGGGGGGUUGGACGGGAAGGGGCUUCGGGGAGGGGGGGCGUGGAGGUGGGGGUGGGAAGAAGCAGCCGUGGGUGCAUUAUUGGCAGCACAUGAAGGCACGGGAGAUUCAAGAGAGGCUGCGGGACCGCUCCUUCGCAGCAGCUUCCUUCCACUGGGACGGUUCCUUCUCCUCCUCUUUCGCCCGCCACCCCUCCUCCGUCCGCUUCUUCCGCUCGGCCCGCCGCAACCACCAACCCUCCUCUUCCUCCUCCAAUGGCGCAGCUGACGAUUUUCCGGGCGGAUCGGCGGAGCAUUUUGACAGUGAGGACUCGUGGAGGGGACACGGCGGGGCAGAGAGGGACGGGGGUUACCGCGGGUGGUCGCGGGCGGAUGAGGCGGAGGCGUGGCGGAGGCAGCAGCAGGUGGACUCAUACAUGGAUACCGGAGAGGUGACAUACGAUCACCUGCGCCAUGACCACGAGCACGACCAUGGGGACUACGAGCCGUACGGCAUGGGGCAUCAGCAGAACGCGUACUACAAGCGGUGGGCCCCGCCGCGAGACAAUCCGUGGGAGCGGUUCGGGCAGAUCUGGCAGGAAACGGAGCGGAUUCGGAUGGAGACAGAGAGGAUUCGGAAAGAGAGGGAGGAGCGGGCGGGGAGAGGAGAUGCAGGGAGGGGCAAGGAGGAGGGGCUGAGCUGGGAGGAGAUGGAGAUGAGGCGGCUGCUAGGGCUGGCCACACAGGGGGCCCUCACCCCGGCCGAGUUGAAAGCAGCGUACCAUCGGUGUGCGAAGCAGUGGCAUCCGGACGCUCAGCACGGGUUGAAGCCAGAGGAUAGGGCUGAGGCAGAGCGGCGCUUCAAGCUCAUUUCAAGUGCCUAUGAAACCCUGGCUGCGCGCCUGGCCAAGUGA